AUGAGUAAGGAUAGUGACAAACCAACUACUCGUCCACUGAACUUUACUAUUCCAGCACAACCACGACGCGGUAUUGAUGCGGUGCAUGUCAAUGCAGCUAGAGAGAUGGUGCAACUACAUACCCGAGGUCGGGCACCACCUGCGACAAGGCAACCAUUACCACCAUUACAAGGAAGCUCUAGAAGUCAUGCUCCAGUGGCCUCAGAACAAUCUAAAGCACCAAUAUCCAAACCAAAGGUUAGCAUACCGUCGAACCACGACGGCGAGUGCAAGAACCCCCAGUGUCAACAUUGCGGUAGUAUAAUUAUCCCGGCUCCUCAACUGUCGUUCCCAGUACAGGACAAACCAUCAAUUAAAGUCAACGAUUGGGAGAUUUACACUAUCAAGAAACCAAUAUUAUCUUCAGCUGAACUUGAUCAUUUAGGCGAUACGAAAUUUGAGUUUCCAUUACCAGAAAUGAUUUUCGGUAACAACUUUGUUCGGAUUAAAUAUACUGGUGGUAGUAGCAGGAAUCAAGAGCAUGAGAUUUGGUUUAAUUCGAUAGACGCAUUGGAUACAUUGGAAGACGAUUGUCAUUUGAAAGUGAGUUAUCAUGAAGAAUGGUUACAACUGCGUCAAAAUCGACGUAAGAAGCAAGAGAGGGGUGGUGAUGCCAAAACAUCAACUCAUGCCGAUGAUGAAAUGAGUGGUAAAGUUAGUGAUUUAACCGAUAUGGAUGCCGUAAAACCAUAUGAUUGGACAUACUCGCCAAACUACGUGGGACAUACUCGUGGGUUUAACUUUGUUGCCGAUGAAUCAUUGGAAAUCCCCGUUAAUCGAUUAAUGAACCCUGACCCAAUCCUAUUCUUUGAUGAAAUGAUUUUGUAUGAAGACGAAUUGGCCGAUAAUGGAAUCAGUAUGCUUUCGAUUAAGAUUAGAGUCAUGCCUACUUGUUUAUUACUAUUAUGUCGGUUCUUCCUAAGGAUAGAUAAUGUUAUUUUCAGGAUUAGAGAUUGUCGAAUUUUCAUUGAUUUUGAAUCAAAUGAAGUGAUACGAGAGUAUAAAUUGCAAGAAUGUGAUUAUGAUGAGGUAUUGAAAUUGGCUGCGUCGGGUGGUGGAAGUGGAGGUAAGGUAAAUAACGACCCAAAGAGAUUACUACGGGAUCAGAAUUGGGUUAGUUUGAAUAUACCAGUGGUUAAUAGGACUAUUGAAAAGUGUAUAGUAGAGUAA